CCUGAAAAGCUGGAGUACAUUGUCAAUAAAAAUGCAGAGCACUCCCAUGAUAAACGGGCGUUUGACAAGAUCCAUGGUGGGUGGAAAUAUGGAUUGUCCCUUGACGAAAACAUGACAACUCACCCUCUGCUGCGCCCCUUUAAGACGCUGUCUGAAAAGGAGAAAGAGAUUUAUCGGUGGCCUGUCAGGGAGUCGGUGAAAACCAUGUUGGCGACAGGCUGGAGCGUGGAACGUAGGAAGGAGAAGCCCUGGCACUGCACAGGGAAAAUGAGAAGAUGCGCAGCAUGUCCCAGGCCAGCCAGGGAAAUGGUUACACUCCUGUCCCAAACGAUCUGAGCAAUGUUGUCCUUUCCAGAGAGCUCCAGGGAAUGGUUGAGGUGAUGGCUGAAAAUGAUCAUAAUAUUUGGGCCAAAAAGAAGAAACUAGAAUGGGAGAGCAGAGACGGAGGGAGCCAUCCAUUACUUGUGCCGUACGACACCCUAACAGCCAAAGAGAAGUCUCGAGAUCGGGAGAAAGCUCGGGAGCUUUUUAAAUUCCUGCAAGUAAACGGUUACGCCGUAUCCAGGGGAUUAGAAGACAUGGAACUAGAUGCUUCAUCCAUGGAAAAGAGAUUUGCCUUCAAGUUCCUGAAGAAGGUUCUGCAUUAUGUUGACUCUGCACAGGAGUUCAUUGCUCACUUAGGUAAGAUGUGCCUAGCUGGCAUGGUUUGGCAUGGUGUACACCGUGUAUAUUGAGUGAAAGCAUUGGGCAGGGAUUUUAGAUCUGCUAUCUGAAAUACAGUAAUAAUGCUUUUAUUCCAUUGUUUAUUUCAAUCAUAUGGCUCC